AUGACUGACACGAGCGAAGAGCAAGUGCCAUCGUUGCCUGCCGCUUCGCUAGCUUCGGCUUGCGAGGAAGCAAAUGAGCUGGUUCGAUGGCUCAAACUCGGCACAUUCAACUCCGUGCAGACUUUUGGUGGUUUGGACGAUCGCCCGCCGUUUCUUAACACAGAAUACCAAGAGUGGAUACAGAGCGAGCCGGGUGAAAGGACAGAAGAGCAACGAACUUAUACAUGUGUUGCUCAUGGGAAGCAGGCGGCUGUGGCAUAUGCCGUUGUGCAGGAUGUGCGUCAACGCUUUGCGGCAGACAUGGCGACCGGGCGCGUCUAUAUGGCCUAUGCGGUGUGCAACUUUCAGUUUCAGGCACAGGCGCUAACGAUUGACGUUUUUCUAGCGUUGCUGAAGCAGCUGCUUCCUGAGCACUACAAGGCGGAACCGUUUUAUACGCACAACAUCCUGACCGGUGAAGAGGACUGGGCGGCGCCAUCGCUGAAUGGUGUGGUGCGUGUGUUGCAGGCGGUGCUCGCGCAGUUUCAGCGCAUCAUCAUUGUGGUGCAGGACCCUGCCCGAUAUGCAACGGAGACGUGGGAUGAGCUACAGGCCAGGAUGCGGGCUCUGCAGACUAGCCACCGCGGACUGUAUCUGUUAACCGUGGUGUCUGAACAGAGCGACGACGACGACAGGACAUAUCGUGCAUGGAUGGAGCGGAUUCAGCGGCAGCCAGCAGAGCAAGCACGCCUGGCCGAGCAGGCGCUUUCUCACGUCGUGUGUGCGAACUUUCCGCUGACGGUAACAGCGCUGCGCGAAGCUCUGACGGUGAAGGAGGGGGAUAUAAGAAUUGACUCACGGCGCAUGCCCCCUAUGGACGAUAUACUGGCUGCCUGUCUGGGGCUUCUAGUUGUAUGGCCGCAUGGCGACGGCGACGACGAAGACACGACGGUGCAGUUCGUUGAUGCCGCUUUGUUGGACUGGCUGCAGCGCGAGCGUUCUCGCUGGCUUCCGCGCGCUGACCAGGACGUCUUGGCCACAUUCCUCGCAUAUCUGGCCUCUUUACGCUCACGGUAUAUUCUAGGACGGACAAGGCUUCUCGAGCACCCGCUGUACUCACACGCUCUUCUGCGAUGGGCGGACCAUGCCGAGCGAGUGUUUGAAGACAGGAGUCCCGGUGCCGCAGUUGACCUCUUGAACUGUGCCUUUUUUUCCGACUGUGACAAGAUGCAAAGUGCCGUAUGGCUAUGGCAGUACUCUCAACGCAAACACAUAAAGUAUGAAGUUGAUCCUUACGACAGACUCAACCCCAGCGCCUACCAUACCGCCGCUUAUUUCGGCUCCGCGAAUCUCGUGUAUGCGCUACGUUGCAGCGCCUUAUUUAGCGCUGAUGUCAACGCACGGAACUCACGUGGCCAGACCGUGCUGACGCUGGCUGCCGAUCUGGGGUUAAUGGAGGUGGCACAUGCACUGCUGCAGGAACCGCAGAUGCCGACAAUGCAGCAGUCUGUCGAUGUUGACGCCCUCAACGAAAAUGGCCGCGGGCCGCUGUUCCUAGCCGUGCUGAAGAGAAACUCAGCCAUGGCCCAUCUCCUGCUGGACCAUGGUGCACAUGUGUCUACCAGGGACGUCAAUGGUGUGUCAAUGCUCGAUACGGCAUCCAAAGGAGGCGACCCGGCCAUUGUGGCGCGGCUGCUACAGCGCUGCGAGCAGGAGGAGCGAAAUGAGUUGCACUCGACGCAGGCGAAAGACCAGAACAAUGGCCAGACGGUUAGGAACACCACAUACGAGGACGACACGUAUGAGGAUGACACAAGUGCGGACGCCAGAAAAGAGAUCCCCCCUCUGCCAGACGGCCUGUGGCCGGACUCGGACGACACAAGGUACACGAGGGAAGAUCCCGAAGACUACAAAGUAUGCAUGAUGAGAGAUAUUCCGCUGGGGCCGCAGCCGGCGUUGGAGACGGAAAAAGACAUGGAGAACGUCGUGACAGCGGCAGACAGUCCGCUGUGCGCGACAUGUGCGUCGUUGGACAUAGGGACGCUCUUUUCCAAGCCACCACCGCUAGAUUGGGAAAAUUCGACGCGUUUUGAAGUCGACGAAGGUUUGGUCAGCAAUGCGUGCGGCUUUUGCAAUCUGCUGGCCGGGUUCAGAGAAAUGAAAACAAAUAUUAAGCAAAUGUGGCUCGUUAAAUCAAGCACGCGCCAAUGGUUCGGCGACGACUUCUACCCGCACAUCGCGAAAAGCUAUGCGAAAGAGUAUAGCGAGUCCGAGAUGUCGCUGGCGGCUGUGGCUGCCGCGGCAAAAGUGGCCUCACCAUGGCUGGACACACUUAUUCUCAACGCCGAUAACGGCCUCGGCUUUAUCGGCCGCCUCGGCUCCAACGGUCCCAGCGGCCACUGUGCCGUCAAUCUGCGGCGCCUAUCGCCGACCACAGCCAAUCUCGAGCAGGCACGCGGCUGGAUCGACAUUUGCAAAAAGCAUCAUUCGCGGUGUCAGCACCGGGUGCGCAAGCCGAUCCCGCACUUGCGGCUGAUUGACUGUGAGACGCGCGUCAUCGUCAGCAUGGACUCUGCGACCUCGAUGACGACCACCUUUCUGGCUCUGAGCUACGUCUUUGGAAAAACGCCACCAGGAGGGAUCAUCAAUUGUGUCGGCUGCAAAAUCACGGAGACAGAGCGUGUCAUUGAGGAUGCCAUCUGCGUCACUCGCCAGCUGGGCUACCACUAUCUCUGGGUCGACCGACACUGCAUACCGGCCGAGAACGAGGAUGCAGACGCGUCACGCCGCCGCGUUGAGGCUCUUCAGAACAUGAACCGCGUCUACGAGAACGCAGAGGUUACGAUAGUGGCCGCGGCCGGAAGCGGCCCGUCGUUUGGCCUGCCGGGCGUCAGCUUUACCGCCCGUCAUCCCCAGGUCUGCCGCCGCGUCCAGGGACACCUCCUGGCCAGCAUCCCACCCGAACCCGCAGACAUCAUCAGAAUGUCCGCCUGGUGGAGUCGCGCCUGGACCUACCAGGAGGCCUUUCUGUCCCAUCGCCUGCUCUUCUUCUCCGAGCACGAGCUAUCCUUUGAGUGCGGCGGCAUGGUCGCCCGCGAGUCCGUCGAUCUGCCGCUGCCCGUACGCCGCAUUGAGUACGGGCGCCAUGCUGACAUCCAUCGGCGAAUCGUGAUGCGCGAUGGAAUGCCAAACUUAGACGUGGAAUACAGCGGCAUACCAAAAGACUCUCCGAUCGACCUCUGGCUCAUCAUCAGCGUGUACGCCAAACGCCACCUCACCCUUCAGUCCGACAUCCUCAACGCCUUUCUCGGCAUCUUCCAGCGGUACAUAGAUACCGGCCAGCCUGUGCAUCACAUGUGCGGUUUGCCGCUGGUGCAAAAGAACGUCUCAAGAACUCGAGAGAAGGCCAUUCCCCUCGAUUCCCUAGUCUCAAGCCUGUGCUGGAAACCCUGGAAAGUGGAUGGCGUCCGGCGCCCGGGAUUUCCCAGCUGGUCGUGGACCGGUUGGACGUGCACUGGAGUUGCCAGUAUAGCUGAAUGCGUGGUUUUUGGCAACGACGAGCCGCCAGACGUGGCAUUGGUGGUGCCCAAGGACGCCAGUACCGACUCUCCCGGCCCAGUCAUCCCCUGGCUCGCUUUUUCCGCCAUGUCAGACGCCCAUCGUGCCGUCUUGCCCCAGAACCUCCACCUGCGCAUCACUGCGCCCGUCCUGUCCGCCACCUUAUUCGCCAACACAGCCCGUGCCUCCAUAUCUCCGUUCAUGGCCAUCCUUCGCAGCGCCCGCGCCAGCUUUUACGCUGACGCACAUAUUUGUAAGGACACCAAGAUCGACGCCGAACUUGGACGCCGCCUCGUUCGGGAUACGUUGACCGCCGUGGCUUUGGGCUAUGACAGCUCCCAAAACCGCCCGGGCCGCCUGUUUCUUCUCCUGGAAAAGGUCGACAACAGAUGGCAGAGGAUCGGUGUGGCCAGAGCGGAAACAGGCCAGAUCACACAGUCUAUCGGAGACGUGCAAACCAUUGUUAUUGAGUAA